AUGCCGGACUUGCUGCCCAUCACCGAGGAGGAGAGGCAGAGCCCCGGACAGCCGCGCUCCAGCCAGGAUUCCAAGCGGUGCCAGCUCCGCCGGGACGAGGACGGACACUUGUGGUUGUUGGGGGUGGCGCGGAGGUUCUGCAGCCUGCGGGAGCUGCUGGGCACCUCCGGGCGCUGGGGGCUGCAGGCACAGGGGCCCAAAUACGCCUGGAGCCCACCUAUCCCUUUGUCCCAAAGGUUCUUGGAAAGAGCAAACAGGCCCCGGCCCCGGCGCCGGCUCCUCCCGGGCCCCGCGGAGGACACAGGCGGCGCGGCCGCUGCCGCCGCCUCCGCUGCGGCUUCCCCGGCCCGAGCUCCGCCGCUCGGCAGCGCGGCCGCCGGCCCCAAGCCGCCGCUGUCCCGUUGCCAGGAGCGAACGCCUGGGGAUGGCCGGCCCGGGGCGCUUGAGGGGCGCUCGGGGGCCGCUCCUGGCCCCGGGCCGAGCGCUGACAGCCGCGUCCCGCCGGCAAGGAAGGCGCAGCAGGGCCUGAAGGAGCAGUACCGGCUGGGUUCGCUGCUGGGCCGCGGCGGCUUCGGCAGCGUCUUCGCGGCCACGCGGCUCUCGGACGGCGCCCCGGUGGCCAUCAAAAGGGUGCCACAGAACCGCGUCCUGCACUGGGGCGAGCUGCCCGACGGCACCAGCGCACCCCUGGAGGUGGUGCUGCUGGCCAAGGUGUCCACUGGCUUCCCCGGUGUCGUCCAGCUGCUGGAGUGGCUUGAGCUCCCCAACGACAUCGUGAUGGUGCUGGAGCGCCCAAAGCGGUCUCAGGACCUGCACCAUUUCAUUCGGGCACGGGGGUUCCUGUCCGAGGAGGUGGCGCGGGAGCUGUUCCGCCAGGUGCUGGAGGCCGUGCGGCACUGCACCAGCUGCGGGGUCCUGCACAGGGACAUCAAACCAGGGAACAUCCUGGUUGACCUGGCCACCGGGGAGGCUAAAUUGAUCGACUUUGGCUGUGGCACCUACCUGCAAGACACAGCCUACACUCACUUUGCAGGUGAGUCCACACAGGGCUGUGCUCGCCGUGCCGGUAUCUCAUGGCCCAACAUCUCCCAGCCCAAGCUGGCUGUGGCAUCGGGGAUUGUCCCUUUUGCUGCCCUUGAUGGCUCUGAGAUUUCAGCCGAGUUGCGUUUCAGCAGGGCUGGGUGGCCCCAGCAGACAGAGCCUCUGGGAUCAGCACUCUGCACAGCUCCAGCAGCGCAGCCAGCCGAGCCCCAAGAGACGAGGCCGUGUCCUCCAUGCCCUGCGGAGCUGAUCAUGCAGGCUGUCCAAGAUGGAAUAUCCAGCUCUCUCUACUGCCUGGAGGAUGUACAACGUUUGAAUUGCCAGGCUUCCAACGGCGACGCUGAUGUCAUUAGCCGUGCCUUCAAGAGCUGA